AUGGUUUUCAUCGCUGCUCUAUUCAACUCCAUUAUGGCGUUCCAGAGUGUCCUACCGCUUUCUUGUUCGGAACGUGCCUCGUUCUACCGCGAACGUGCAUCGCAGACGUAUAAUGCGUUCUGGUACUUCGUGGGUUCGACGCUGGCUGAGAUUCCCUACUGCUUCAUGAGUUCGCUGAUCUUCACUGUGAUCUUCUACCCGUUCGUGGGAUUCCAAGGCUUCGUCCCCGCCGUCUUGUUCUGGUUGAUCUUGUCGCUUUCGAUCCUCAUGCAAGUCUACAUGGGCAUGAUGUUCGCCUACGCGCUUCCGAGCGAAGAAGUGGCUGCUAUUAUCGGCGUUUUGGUGAAUUCGGUCUUCAUCUUGUUUAUGGGCUUCAGUCCUCCGGCGUACGCCAUCCCCUCGGGCUACAAGUGGCUGUACACGAUCUCGCCGAUGAAGUUCCCCUUGUCCGUCACGAUAUACGAGAACGUUGGCUCGACCCUCGAUUACCAGCCUAUGGCGAAUCAUACGGCAAAUGUUGGUCACAUUACUGUGAAAGAGUACACGGAAGAGUACUUUGGCAUGGAGCACGACACGAUCGCUCGCAACUUUGGCGUCGUGAUCGGAUGCAUCGUUGUCUUCCGUAUUCUGGGUCUGUUGGCACUGCGCUUCGUCAACCAUCAGAAAGAUAAGCAUUUUAAAUAG